AUGGGUCUCGCCAACGACAAGUUCCCCUCCUCCGUCGCUUUCGACGCCAUCGCCUCGGCCCUCGACUCCAGCCCCGAGGACCGCAAGGACGCCAUCAAGCAGGGCAACGCCGUCUUCGCCUUCACCCUCAAGAACAAGGCCGGCGAGACCGAGAGCUGGCACAUCGACCUCAAGGAGUCGGGCAAGGUCGCCACCGGCACCGGCGCCAAGCCUACCGUCACCCUGUCCCUCUCCGAGGAGGACUUUGGCAACCUGGUCCAGGGCAAGGCCAACGCCCAGCGCCUGUUCAUGUCCGGCAAGCUCAAGAUCAAGGGCGACAUCAUGAAGGCCACCAAGCUCGACCCCAUCAUGAAGAAGGCCCAGAACUCCGGCAAGGCUAAGCUGUAA